GUCGACCAGGCUCGGGUCCGUCAGGAAGAGCUCCUGUCCGUACCCACCCACCCCCGCCUUCCUCGGCAGGGCGAGGGGCCGGCGACUUCCGGGGCAGCUCCUCCCGGCCGUACGGCGGCCGCCUGACGGCCACGAGCCUGAAGCUCGCGACCCCGGCGGCGACGGCGUCCACCGGACCUCCCGGCCGCCCUCGGCCACCGGCAGGCGGAGGACGCCCGGCCUGAGCCGGUGCUUCCCGUGCCAGGCGAAGCGCGCGAGUGAGCGGUCGACUCCGGCGCUUGCGUGGAGAGUCAUGGCCACCACCCUGACUCGAGAUGGCACAGGAUGGCCGCAGGCCGUCUCGCGCGGCCCGGCCGACGGCAUGGAGGUGACGGCCGACGGCGCUGGCGGUGGAGAUCCGGCCAAGCGGCCCGCCGGCUCCUCCUCCUCGCCACCGCUGCCCGUGCGCUCCGUGCAGCCGGCGCCACGCUCCUCCUGGCAGCAUCGUCCUCCCGCAAAACCGGCUCCUCAACACCAUCACCUCCCUCAUCAACCUCGUCCGCUCUCUCCUGCUGCUGCUGCUGCUGCUACUCCUCUUCCUCAUCGUCCGCAGCAGCAGCAGCAGCAGCAGCCGGUGCCUGUCUUGGCAGGCGGGCAGGUGGAACUCACCGUGGUGCAGAUCCAGGUGCCCAAGGAGGCCAUACUUCACCACUCGGCGCGCUCGCUCCCCGCACUCGAGCUGGGAGUCAAACCGGACUCGCUGGAGGCCGGGGGCUCCGCCGCCGCCGCCGCCGCUGCCGCGGCCGUCACCGCCGCCCUGCGCCAGGAGGUGAAGGAGCUCAAGGUGGAGGUGAAGCGUCUGGAGGAGUCGGAGAGGCGCCUCAUGGAUGACAAGGAGUCCGUCGUGAGCCAGCUACGCAGCCAGACCGAGGUGAACCGGGAGCUGAAGAAGCUGCUGGUGGCGUCCGUGGGGGACGACCUGCAGUUCCACUUUGAGCGAGCGGUGCGCGAGAGGGGACGCCUGCAGGCCGAGGCGCAGGAGCUCUCGCGCAGCCUGGCGUCCGCCUCGGAGCAGCUCGAGAGGAUCGGCAUCCAGUGUGACGUGUGGAGGAGCAAGUUCCUGGCCAGCCGGGUCAUGUCGGAGGAGGUGGCGGGCGCCCGCGUCCACGCCCUGCGCUUGUUCCGCGAGGCGCAGAGCGCCGUGCACGACCUGUUCAGCGAGCGCACGCAGCUGUGCGUCGACCUGCAGGACACGCACCGGCUACUGGAGGAGCUGGUGCUGGCGCUGCAGUGGGGUAGGCAGCCCACGUACUCGCUGGGCACGCGGCGCGCCCACAACAGCCUGGAGCUGGCGGAGGCGUGCACCACGCUCGCCUCACUGCUCACGCAGCGGCUGCUGGGCGGCGGCAGCGGUUCGGUGAAGUCAUCGCCGCCACCAGCUGCUGCCGGUGGUGGUGGUGCUGCUGGUGGUGCUGGUGGUGGCGGCGGUGCUGCUGGUGGUGGUGGUGCUGCUGGUGGUGGUGGUGCUGGUGGCGGUGGUGCUGCGGUGGCUGCGCAGCCUCCUGCGCAGCUGUGCAGCACGGCCGCUGAGAGGAUGGCGCAGCAGGUGCUCAGGAUGACCGAGGUGAGGAUGACCGAUCCGAUGCUCGUGGACGACGCCGCCGGCGGCGCCGCCGGGCGCCUGCUGACGAGCAAGCCGAGCCCCGGGCGCUUCCACCCCUACACACGCUACGAGCACAUCACCUUCACCUGCUGCAGCCGCUGCACCGGCGACAUCGUCGUCGUUUGAUGACGGCGGCGGCGGCGGCGGCGAUGGCGUGAACGACGAUGAUGACGACGAUGAUUACGGCGGUGACGAUGAUGGCGACGGUGAUGACGACUGUGACGAUGAGGAUGGUGA